UUAGACAGACCUGUCAUAUUUACAGACGCUUUCUUUCUACCAUUAGUUCUCAUGAAGGAGAGCCACAAAAGAUAACAGAGGAGCAUUCAGCAGAGUGAAAGAUAAACUUUGCCCUUACAGCAGGAUGUCUGCUCCUGUCUCCGGUAGGAAAACCCCUGUGGACUAUGGUGUACAGAUUCGAUUUAUAAAUGACCUGCAAGACAACGGAGGAGGAGUGAGUGGGCAGCCACGGAAAGAGGGACCUAAAAAGCAGCCGUCUCGCUAUGGAGUGGCAGUGAGAGUGCAGGGCAUUGGAGGACAGCCCUAUGUUGUACUGAAAGAGGGAGAGAAAGGAGAUUCUUAUGGAGUGCAACUGAGAACACAACCACCUGCCUACAGCAGCCUGCCUAGGAGGAGAGAGGAUGGUGUAAUCCAGGGGCCAUAUUUCUCAUCUGGAGACAACACCCCUAUCCGUCGGGCUCAGUCUCACGGCUCACUGUUGGACAGAGAAAACAGUCCCGAAGACUUCACCGAUCAACUCCGACGUCCACUUGGAGAUGGACGUUCUGGAAGCUACGGCAACCUGGAUGGAGGUAUCGGUAUGGGAUCUGAAAGGGAGCGGCCCAGAGAAAGGAUGGAGAGAAAUCAGUGGGGAGGCUCCUACCAGACAGGGCUGAAUGGCACUUUGGGGCGAGGGAGAGGUGGAGGCAGUCACCACACCUCAUCCGAAUCCAUCGAAAUAGCACUGCACAACCAGCACACUCAGAUCCAAUCAGCCCCCAGCUCUACCCGUCAGACCCCUGUCCACAGACUUGUCAACAGGUUCGACGGGAGCUCUUCACAGGUGGAUAACUCUGCGACCACCACAAGGGGGCGCUAUCCUGUCCCAAAUGCAGACGACAGAUCUGUUUCAACUUCACCUUUACCUGCUCCGUCUCUCAUUCCUAAAACAUACUCUUCACCAUCAUCUUCGUCACCUGCUUCUGCUUACAGCAGCCUGGGUCGUGGAUCAGGUUCUAUUGCAAAAGUCACAGCCGUCACUUCAUCUGUUCCAUCCGAUGGACAUGUCACUCCUGACCUCUUGAUGGACCAGGGUCAAAGUUCAGGGUCAGAGUUCUCACCUGAAGACCAGAUUCAGCAGAUAAUCUACGAUGCUCUCCGUCAGGGGAGUACAGAGGGAGAUGUUGCCAUUAAGCGCAAAGUUCGAGUCAUCUGUAAUAAAAUUCAAGGACUUAAGGCAAGCAGAUCUGAUGACUCCUUAAAGCAUGAGCUUGAGAAAUGUCUGGAUGAAAAUGUCCAGCUGCAGGAACAGCUGGGGAGGAAGAACACAGAACUGCACCAAACACAUUCAGAUCUUACUCAGUUGCGUAUGGACAGAGAGAACGCAGAGUCUCAUGUUAGAGAGCUAGAGGAUCAGCUGGCAGGACUGCAGGAGGAGCUAAGGAGAGAGACUGAAAACAAAGCUCAAGCUGACACAAUGCACAUGGAGUUGAUGGCAUUGAGAGCUGAAUUGGAUGAAGCUGCAGUGCUGCGACAGAAGCAGGAGGACAUUCAGAGGCAGAGAGAGAGGGAGCUGACGGCCCUGAAGGGGGCACUAAAAGAUGAGGUCUCCACCCAUGACAAGGAGAUAGAGGCUCUCAGAGAGCAAUAUAGCCAAGACAUGGAGCAACUGCGAACAAGCAUGGCACAGGUCUCACAGUCUCAGGCAACUAUUGAAGCCGAGCGCCAUCGUGUGAACUCUACAUUAAGGUCUCUUCAGCAGCAACUGGAGGAGAGCAGAGAUGAAGGAAAUCACUGGAGAGAGCAGUUCCAGUCCAGCAGAGAAGAGCUGCGUAACACCAAACAAGAAUUACUCCAAUCACGUCUGGAGAAAGAAGAGUUUGAGGAGGAGCUGAAUGAUCUGCAGGAGAAAGUCAACACCAUGAAACAGCAGAUCCCAGAUCCUAAACAGACACAGGCGGUCAGCCAGGAACUUGAACGAUGCCGUGCUGACCUGCAGAAGACCCAGGCAGAUAUGGAUAAAUUAAGAGUUGAUCUUGACAAGAAGACGAUGGAAAUCGUGUUGUUAAAGAAGGGCAAACAAGAGCUUGAAGCAGAGCAGAAAUAUGAGAUUGACCGAUUGAAGGGUCAGUCACGCAGAGAUAAGGAAGAGCUCACAAAGGCUCAUGAGAGGGCGAAGCAGCUCGCUGAACCCUCGUUGGUGGAGGCCCUGCGGAAGGAGCUGAGUGACAUGCAAGAAGAGGCCGGUCGACUUCGAGGUCAGCUGAUCUCCACUGAAGAACUGCUGCAGGCAGAGAAAGACAAACUCAGCUCUGCUCAAAUCCAAGUCAACAAUCUGACACUCGAGCACAAGGAACUGGAGGAAACCAACAUGCGUAUGAAGGAGAGAAUCACACGCCUAGAGUCUCAGCUGCAGGAGCGCAUGUCUCAGAGUUUUGAGGCUGAGCAGGAGCAGCAGGAGGAGGCCAGGAGACUGAGGCAGCAGCUGGAGGAGGCCAGGCGAGAGAGCUCCAGGUUCAGCCUGGAGAGAGAUGAGCUGGCCCGUACUCUGGAAGAGAAAGAGAAGGACAGAGACGCUGUCCGUAAGGAGAACACGCAGCUGGAUGACCAGAGGAGACAGCAGGAGAGAGCGCUAGACAAACUUAAUAAAGAGAUGGAGCGCUUGUCUGCUGCACAUCGUGAGGAAAUGCGGCUCCUACAGGCUCAGCUGGACGAGCAGAGAGACAAGUGGAGGAAAGAGCAGCAGGACUCACAGAAAAUCUCCAAAGAGAAGCUCAGUGAGCUGGAGAAAGCUCAGAGCACCAUCCACUCCCUGCAGGAGGAGCUGGGCCGUCAAAAGAAAGAACUGUUCUCCAGUUAUGAGGAAAGAGACGACGCUUUAUUAGACAAAGAGAUGCUGACCAACCGCCUCAAACAUCUGGAGAGUGAGAUGGAGACUCAGCGCACCACACAAAAUGACCGCUCACGAGAGAUCCGCAGUUUAGAGGACAAAAUCAAGCAUUUGGAGCUGGAGUUGGAUGAGGAGAAGAACAGUGCAGAGAUGCUGACAGAAAGAAUCACCAGGAGCCGAGAUCAGAUUGAACAGCUGCGAGCAGAGCUCAUGCAAGAGAGAUCCUCCAAACAAGACCUGGAGCUAGACAAAAAUGCUCUGGAGAGACAGAUAAAGGAGUAUAAGACUCGUGUAGCUGAGAUGGAAGGCCAGUCACGUUCCUCCACUGGUGUCUCACAGCUGGAGAGCAAAAUCCAGGAACUCGAGGAACGACUGCGCACAGAAGAGAGAGAGAAGAACUCUGUGGUUUCCUCUCAGCGCCGGAUAGAGAGGAAACUAAAGGAGCUGAACAUCACUCUGGAUGAGGAGAGACAGCAGCACACAGAUCAGAGAGACCAGCUGACUCUGCGCGUGAAGGCUCUGAAGCGGCAGGUGGAUGAAGGAGAGGCAGAGGCGGAGCGUCUGGAGGGCUUGAGGAGGAAGGCCAUCAGAGACAUGGAGGAGCAACAGGAGCAGAAGGAGGCGCUGCAGUCCAGAGUCACAGCACUGGAGAAUGAACUCAAGAGGAAGAUUCAGCAGGCCCGACAGUCAGUGCUGGAAUCUUCAGUGCUCAGCUCUGACGAUGACGAUGAUGAUGGAUUGUUUGAUCACUCCAGCAUAACCUCUAUCCUCACCGAGAGCAAUUUACAGACCAGUUCCUGCUGAAGCGCUGAAAGGAAUCUGUGGAAUGAGGUGUGAAUGAAGCUGCCCAUUUAUCAUGAACAUACAGAGGAACUUUCUUUAUACCUUGCUGUAAAAUAACAGAUCAUAGAUUCUGAAACAGACUUCUGGUUUCCACCCUUAAGCUGUAACUGUCACAUUCCGUCAUUCUCAAUUAAAAUUCCAUAAAACAGCCCUAAAACAGGUCUAUUUUACAAGAAAAGCCUUAAUCAUCCCUCUAGUUUGGAAGUAAAAUACAUUGAAGAAGAAUUUAGACAUUCAAAUUAGAUCACUGAAACUAGAAGACAUUUUGACAGCAUUAUGUUUAUUUUAGUUGAAUAAUUAGCAUUUAAUAGAUGAAAUAAGGAAAAGGUGAAUACAUGUGGAAAUGCACAUGGAGGGAAAAGAAAUGAUAGAAUUUUGGUCUAAGAUCUACACGUGUCUGAUUAUGAGCACUGAUCAUUUUGUUAGUUGUUUGAUAUGAGACCGAUAGGACAUCAAGAUGUUAGCAGAAGGUUACUAUGAACAGAACAUCGAACAAAUCCAGUUUGCCGAAAGAAGUAUAAAAAUAAUGUUUAGCACUAGUAUAAUAGAGCAAACGAGAAACACAGUUAAUAGUCCAAACCAUGUUUCACAGCUCUAAUAGAGUAGACGAGGUAUCAAGCAUCAAGAAAAAGUUUCAUUCUCUGCUUAGACUGCAGCUCCUCAAUCUAGACUUGGUAUGUAUGGCAAGCCAUCUUGACAUUUCAUCGAUAACCCAUACCAGUAUCUAUGUUCCUCUUACUAGUGCUUAUUUUUUAGAUACUAGUAUCUUUUCCAUUAGUUACUAGUACUCAUUCAUUAGAUACUAGUGCUUAUUCAUUAAAUAACUGUGUCUAUUCUUUAGAUACUAGUGCUUUUUCUUUAGCCUAUUAAUGUCUUUUGUAAAGUUACUAGUACUCAUUCAUUAGAUACUAGUUCUUAUUCAUUAGUUACUAGUUCUUAUUUAUUAGAUACUAGUGCUUACUUUAAUAGUGACUAGUAACCAUUCUGUUGUUACUAGUAACAAAUAAAAAAAAUUCCAUUGAUUUCUAUGGGAUCUGUCAUUGAGAUAUCAACUAUUCAGUUUUGACCUGUAUGUAUUCCUACUGGGACUGGUACAUAUUUUUAUGUACUAGUACUUAUUCAGUUGGUACUAGUACUUAAUCAUUAGAUACAAGUAUCUAUUUAAUAGAUAGCACUUAUUAAAUAGAUACUGCUACCAAUUCAUUACAUACUAGUCACUAUUAAAUGGAUACUAGUAGUAUUCAGUAGUACUGGUAUUUAUUUAUUAGGCACUAGUAUUUUUUCUUAACUAUUACUAGUAACAAUUCUUAUUUUACUAGUCAGUUCUGCUUGUUUACUGGUCUUAUGUUAUGACUUGUCCAAAUGGAAGAGUAGAGUUCAAUUAAACAUUUUACUAGUAAAAUAAUAGUUUUUUUACUAGUAACAUUUCAGAUAAGUACUAGUAUUUAAUAAAUGUGUACUAGUAUCUUUUAAAUAAGUUGUAGAAUCUAUUUCAUAAGUAUUAGUAUCUACUUAAUAAGUACUCUUAUCUAAUUAAUAAGCCCUAUAGUGCCUAUUAAAUAGAAACUAGUAUCUAAUGAAUAAGUACUAGUAUUUAAUACAUAAGUACUAGUAUCUAUUAUUUAGGAACUAGUAUCUAAUUUAUAUGUACUAGUAUCUAAUGAGUAACUACUAGCACAUAAAAAUAUGUACUAGUCCCAGCUGGAAUACAUACUAGUCAAAACUGAAUAGUUGAUAUCUCGAUGACAGAUCCCACAGAAAUCAAUGGACAAAUUUUAUAUUUUUUACUAACAACAGAAUAGUUACUAGUCACUAUUAAAAUAAGUACUAGUAUCUAAUGAAUAAGUACUAGUAUCUAUUUAAUACAGUAGGUACUAGUAUCUAGUGAAUAAGUACUAGUAACUUUAAAAAAGCACUAGUAUCUAAAGAAUAGACACUAGUAUCUAACGAAUAAGCACUAGUAACUAAUGAAUAAGUACUGGUACUUAAUGGAAAAGAUAUCUAAAAAAUAAGUACUAUUAACAGGAAAAUGGAUACAAGUACGGGUUAUUGAUUAAAUGUCAAAACGGUUUGCAGUAAGGAUGUGCUUAUGCUUUCACAGUGGAAGAAAGGCAAAUACAUUUCAAGGUACGAGUGAAUCAACACUAUAGAAAUGUAUCGCUGAUGUGAAAAAUAUGAAUUAUAACAACAUAAUUACAAUAAGUACAUGUACAUUUCAGCUCAUUGAUCUGCUAACAUUUCCAUUAUCAAAUUGAGCUUAAAUGAUAAACUGCAGUAAAUGUUCUUUAGCAUUAUAAGAGAGCAGUGUGUUCGAAUCAGUUGCACUGUGAUAUUUUGCUAUGCAGUUUCUAUUUUUUGACAGGCUGAAAGACAGAUGAGUUAGCGUUUCGUCAUUCCUGGAAGAGCUUCUGGACAUUUUUUUAUUGAUUUUGUUUGGUAGUUUAUCAGCACAUGAUCUGUUGUUGUUUUACUUCAGUCUAUAAUAUUGAAGCACAUUUAUAAUGAGUGUCUGAAAGAACUGAUUUCCUACUGUUCGUACAGUAGUUCUAUUACAGCGUACACAUUAAUUCUGAUACCAAGCUGCCUUUUCACGUCUAUAUCUCCAAUAAUGUAUCUGUGCACACAGCAUCUGAUUCAUGUGAAUUGUAAAACACUACAAUGCCUUGUAAAUCAAGUAAUUAUUAUUAUUUUUUUGUAAUUGUUGUUUCUUCAAAGUAAAUGAGAAUGAUUUA